CAAGGCUCCGGUCAUGGCGGACCAAGAGGAGACUUUUGGCCUUCCAAACUCCCCCGGUGGCUCAGAUUCGAGAGAAGUACCGAGCGAGAAUAAAUCAGAGAAGCAGAACGGGACAUCGAGCAAAUCUCCAUCAUCGCAGACGACUUACAUCCAGCAGGGAAUGGAGGGAAUUAAAGUCUACCUGCAUGAGAGGGAGCUCUGGAUGAAGUUUCACGAGGUGGGAACGGAGAUGAUCAUCACUAAAGCUGGGAGGCGAAUGUUCCCCAGCUUUAAAGUAAAGGUCACAGGAUUAAACCCCAAAACUAAAUAUAUCCUCCUGAUGGAUGUUGUCCCUGCGGAUGACCAUCGGUACAAAUUCGCCGAUAAUAAAUGGUCUGUGACCGGGAAGGCUGAGCCCGCCAUGCCCGGCAGGCUCUACGUGCACCCGGACUCUCCCGCCACGGGCGCGCACUGGAUGAGGCAGCUCGUGAGCUUCCAGAAACUUAAACUGACCAACAACCACCUGGACCCGUUCGGACACAUCAUCCUAAACUCGAUGCACAAGUACCAACCGAGGAUCCACAUCGUGAAGGCAGAUGAAAAUAACGGCUUCGGCUCCAAAAACACGGCCUUCUGCACUCACGUGUUCCCGGAGACAGCCUUCAUUGCAGUCACGUCCUACCAGAACCACAAGAUAACCCAACUGAAGAUUGAGAACAACCCGUUUGCAAAAGGCUUUCGAGGAAGUGAUGACAUGGAGUUGCACCGGAUGUCCAGGAUGCAGAGCACCAAGGAGUAUCCAGUGGUGCCUCGCAGUACAGUGCGUCAAAGGGUGGGCUCCAGCCAGAGCCCCUUCAGCGGGGACGUGCAGGGCAUGGCCACCCCGAGCACCCUGAGCUCCCAGUACUCCCAGUGUGAGAACGGGGUCACCAGCACCUCGCAGGACAUGCUGCCUCAGUCAGGCUCCUACCCUCUGCCACACGAGCACAGCCAGGAGUAUCACUGCAUCAAGAGGAAAGUGGAGGACGACUGUCACUCAGGUGAGCACAGCUAUAAGAAGUCCUACCUGGAGAGUUCGUCCAGUGAGGAGGACCAUUACUACCGUCCUGUCGGCUACGCCCAGAGCCUUGGCCUUUCUGGUGGGCCGUACCGCAGUGAAUCCAGCCAGCGGCAGGCCUGCAUGUAUGCCAGUGCUUCACAGGGCGCAGAGCCUGUCCCGAGUUUGGAGGACAUCAGCUGCAACACGUGGGCCAGCGUCUCUCCUUACGGGAGCUGCUCCGUCACCACCAUGCAGCCUAUGGAGCGGCUGCCUUACCAGCACUUCUCGGCUCACUUCACCUCAGGGUCUCUGGUGUCCAGACUCGGCGGGGUUGGGGGCCAUGCAUCUCCACAGCUGGGCGAUGGUCAUCAUAUGUACCAGAGCUCCAUGACCCAUCAGACUCUGGGCCGCCAGUGCAGUCCUGGGGCGGGGAUCCAGUCGCCCACAGCCGGCCUACAGGGAAACGAGUACCUCUAUACACAUGGCAUACCACGUACACUAUCGCCACAUCAGUACCACACUGUACAUAGUGUCAGCAUCAUGCCUGAGUGGAACGAGAACAGCUAAAACCGCCUUUUCUUCACUCAAUAGAUAGAAAUAUUAAAAGGAAAAACAUCAAAGACUAAAAGAAGGCAGUCUGUAGAGGAAACUAUAUUUAUAUUUUUAGAGGAUGUGUCUCUGGUCAUCUUAAUAAGAUCAGUGUAACUUCACUGACAGCAGUGGAUAUUUGUAAGACUGUCGAAGAAAACAAGCAUCUUAUCACUUAAUCUGUUGUGACAGCAUCUGCACUUAUAUGCAAAAAAGCAUUAGCAUGAUCAAAACGGAGCUGGACCAGAAGAUUCAAAGACUGCUCAAGUGCAGAGGAACUAAAGACACUGAAAGAAGAAAAUAAAGCUUCACGUGCUUCGCCAUUGGUCCUCAUGUUGAUGGUGUCGUUGUGCGUUAGUGUUUUUUGGAUGUCAAUGUUUCAGAGACAAGUGGAAUCUCUUGUUUUGUGUUCGUGUCCCACAUUUGCAUUACAAAAAAGUUUGCUUUGUGCGGCAUUAUCUUAAGUUCUCAUUUUCUUGUUUUUAUAGCAAACAACUUAAGAAAAAAAUACCAGGCAGGUUUUGUUUUGGCUCUGUGGUACAUUUUCUUGCUCUUAAAUCUUUAAGAAGUGUUCCCCCCCUGCCCUACCCCAUUUUUGACAGGUACCUCAACAUUCACAAGUACAAAAGCACUUCAAGAAAUAGCACAUUUGUGUUAAAAGAGACAUUUCAGACAGA